GGGAGAAGCCACAUCAAUGCAACGAAUGUGGACGAUUCUAUCGUACCUCCAUCGCCCUCAAAAGUCAUGUGAAAAUUCACACAGGGGAAAAAAACUACAAAUGUUUAGACUGUGGGAGAACAUUUGCUCAUGCGUGUUCCCUCAGAAAGCACAGCCGAAUCCAUACAGGAGAGAAGCCCCAUAAAUGCUCGGACUGCGAUAAAUGUUUUUCUCUGAAAGAUUAUCUUAGGGUCCACACAGGAGAGAAGCCAUACAGAUGCGUAGAAUGUGGAAAGUGUUUUACUCAAAAGGGAGACCUUUGGACACAUCAUAAAACCCACACAGGGGAGAAGCCCUAUCAAUGCAACGAAUGUGGACAAUUCUAUUGUACCUCAUCCGCCCUUAAAAGUCAUGUGAAAAUUCACACAGGGGAAAAAAAUUACAAAUGUUUAGACUGUGGGAGAACAUUUGCUCAUGCGUCUUCCCUCAGAGACCACAGCCGAAUCCAUACAGGAGAGAAGCCCUAUAAAUGCUCGGAGUGCGAUAAAUGUUUUUCUCGGAAAGAUACUCUU